AUGGACAUGGGCGGUGACAGUCCGUCGUCCUCUGCGCCGCUCACCGCAGCUGGCGUCGACUUUUCCAACGAGACACAGGCGUUUGACUUUUUGCAAGAUAUUCUCGAUGACUCAGUUUUGGGCCCAAUCGGUAACCAGUAUGCACGAUAUUUCUGGUAUGGAGUCGUGGUAGUCAUUGGCAUAGCGAGUAUCUGCAACGUGGUACAGAGAUGCGUAUUGCGGAUGAGACUCAGAGCAAGCGCGAGAAACCGCUCUAGACCUGCAAAGCCCGCGAAUCCUUUAACGCAAACCAUUGCUACCGCCGCAGCUCUCCUUCGAGAGCCGAGCUAUCCCCAGAUCACGCCUCUAUCAGCAUCGAGUUGGUUCAAAGUGCCUCCACUAGGCCAUGUCUACAUCAUUACCGCGUAUUUAGCUUUUAUCUUGGCUCUGUUGUUUAUCAACAACAAUAUCCCCGGUGCACAACACUUCCAAGCUCUCGGUAUACGUGCUGGAUGGCUCGGAGCAGCCCAAGUGCCGCUGCUGGUACUAACAUCAAGCAAGACAAGCCUCAUUGGCUUCCUCGUCAACUCGUCUGUGGAACGACUCAACGUCUAUCACCGAUGGGUCUCACGUGGCUUACUGCUGCUGGCAACUUUGCACUUUGGACUGCAGAGUCAUGCCUGGAACAUCUAUGGCUUGAUGGUCCUCGAAUGGAAAACUGACGAGUGCACACCCACGGGCAUCUCUGCGUAUGCCCUCUUGCUCUGGAUGAAUCUGACCUCGUUGGCGCCGUUGCGCUUCUUCAAGUAUAAAAUAUUUGUCGUGCAGCAUUUGCUCACGUAUUUUGGCUUUACAGUUGCGCUUGUCUAUCACCUGUACGGAACGUCAUCGCCCUAUUCGACAAAUUACAUCUACAUUAGCAUUGCCUUGUAUCUGGUCGGUCAGUUGGUUCGCUUUGUGAGGAUGGUUGUUGUCAACAUUCGGCCGAGUAGAGCGACUUUGACACCACUUGAGGGUAGCGCAACCAAAAUUCGGCUCUCUAACCCGGGAAUCAAGUCAUGGCAAGCAGGGUCGUAUGUACGCCUGUUUAUUCCCCGAUUCAACAUCGUACAGGGACACCCAGCGACGAUAUUGUCGACCCCAUCCUCACAUGGAGGUGAUAUGGUGUUUAUCCUGCGGUCAUGCGGCAGCUUCACCAAACGUCUUCUAAAAGCUGCCCAAAUUGAGGGGCAUCAGUCUAUGCAUCUGACGCUCAUUGACGGACCGUAUCCUAGCCCACAUGCAGAUUUUGCCUGCUUCGAUACGCUCGUCCUCAUUGCCGGGUCGACUGGAGUAACCUUUACCCUCUCUGUUCUUCAGGAUAUUGCACAGCGUGCCAAAACGCACAAGAUUCUUCCGCUUCGAAUCCUCUAUUUCACCUGGGUAAUUAAACACCAGAGUUGGAUAUCUUGGGUCUCCGAAGAACUUCGCACAGCGUUUAGCAUGCUUCAAGAAGCAGGUGUUGAAACGCUCUGUAAUAUUCAUAUCACAGGCGAAGAGGGCAUUGCUGGAGACGAGGAGUCUGCUAGAAGAGGUCAAUUACAAGAGCGAGAAAAAGAACAAGACAUUGAAGUUGAUGGAUGUCCUGUUCUUGACGACGAGAAGACUGAAGUCUCGAAAUCGCGGGACCCUGGGACAUCAGAUGCAGACAUCUCGUUCGCGGAGCUACAUGUGGGACGGCCUACUUUCCGAACCAUGCUUGAAAGACGAGUAAACCAGGCGCAAGGCGAGACGGCUGUUGCGGUUUGUGGUCCGUUAGGGCUAUCAAUAGCCGUGAGGUCAGCCGUGGUGAGGAUAAGUGAUGAUUUGGCUGUCGACAAAGGGAGCGGACUGGAUGGGCUAUAUUUGCAUGUCGAGAAUUUCGACUAG